AUGAGAAGGCAGUACUCUUCUCGCAGACGCAAGGUCAUCACACACAGCAUGCCAUCGGAAGAAUUCCAUGCGCCCAUACCUUUCCCUGACAACUCGCAUGUCCGGUCGUCGUCUUCCACCACUACAUCAUCUAUAAACACCAUCGAUGCUGCCUUGGCCCGACCAAACUAUAUAAAGAAACCAUCCUUACACAUUAUGUCGACAUCUACAACAACGACUACGACCGAUCUGGUGACGAACCCAAUUUUGAGCGACAUCUCCGUACCAAAGAUAAGCCCUCCUGCAUCCUCCUCUGUGACAGCCUCCACUUCGACGAGUCACGUGACCGGAGCCACCACUCAAACGAAUGUCAGCGCUAAUGUAGAUGCUAAUACCAGCGUCAGUAAGAAAAACAUACCUACAACGGCCAGUGGGAGAGUGCCCUCUAACACCAUUAAGAGGUAUUCAAGUCGCUACAAGCCCUCUCACUCGCUGCAGCUUCCCAUCAAGAACGACUCCAACUUUAAACGAUCUAGCAUCUAUGCCUCCAAAUCCACUGUCACCGCUAUUCCCAUCAGGAAUAACCGACCAAUGUCCAUGCAGAACUCAUAUGUACGCACUCCAGACAGCGAUCAUGACGAGGUUGGUGAUGAAGUAUCCUCGAUAAAAAGCGCCUCUUCCUCGUUGACUGCAUCUCUGUCGAAGAGCUUCCUGUUUGCAUUUUACAACAAUCGCAAGAAGGAUAAGAUCAAUACCAAUGGCGUUCUUUCAAAAGAGUACUGGAUGAAAGAUGAGAGCUCGAAAGAAUGUUUCAGUUGUGGUAAGACAUUCAAUACUUUUAGGAGAAAACAUCACUGCAGAAUAUGUGGCCAGAUUUUUUGCAGCAGCUGUACUCUUUUGAUAGAUGGCGAACGAUUCGGUUAUCAUGCCAAGAUGCGAGUAUGUUAUAAUUGUUAUGAACAUGCAGACACGUACGAGGAUUCCAGUGAUGAAGAGAACGACUCCACUAUGCAAUUGAAUGAACCCCCAACGUCCCGUUCUCGCUCUCGCUCUUCUAAUUCCAAUUCAUAUUCCCAUUCGCAUUCGCAUUCACAUUCACAUUUGCAUCUUAUUUCACAGGAUAAUCAUGUCAACUCCAGCCUUCAUGAACCAGAAGCAGCAGCUGCUAACCCUCAACAGCAGAAUGAGGUUUAUUUAUUAAAUGACGAUGACGUGCAAAGUAUAAUGACGUCGGGUGAAGAUUCAAAAUUGUUCAUUUCGACGCCUCCCCCACCGCCGAAGAUGGCCAUCCCGGCUACAAAGCAAGGCGGAUCGCUAGAGAUCUCCUUUGACUCAGAAAAUGAUAGGUCUUUGCACAUUCAAGAUGAUAACUCCGGACGUCAUCAUCACUUUGAUUCCGCGCCCACGAGGUACACCAUCAGAGAUAUGGAUAAUCUUCCACACUACGAUACCAACUCAAAUUCCACUUUAAGACCACACUACAAUACCAACAAUAGCACCAUUACCAUCAACAAUAUCAACAACAACACCUUCAAUAACAAUACCAACCGUAGUAGCAGUAACAAUAACAUCAAUAACCCUGCGCAUUCCUUGAGAAGAUCGAUUUUCCACUACGUGAGCAGCAACAGUAUCAACAAGGACAGUAGCAAUAGCUCGGCUACCCCUGCCUCUUCCGCGCAAUCUUCUUCAGUAUUAGACUCUGCUAAUCAUGUUAUCGGAAAUUAUGCCCAUAGGAACUAUAAAUUUAAAUUUAAUUACAAUUCCAAAGGUCCUUCGCAACUAAGUGACACAAACAGCAGUAGUAAAAAUAACGGCGGUAGUGCUAGCAGUGGUGCUAAUGCCGACAACUAUGAUACGUUCACAAACGGUAAUGGUACUGCGUUUACUCUAGAUAGGAAGAAAAGAAACCCACUCACAAAAUCCAAAUCUACUUCAACUUAUUUAGAGUAUCCCUUGAACGAGGAAGAAUCUUCGGAAGAUGAAGGCUCCAUGUCUAUAUAUUCUGUUCUAAAUGAUGACCAUAAAACUGAUAACCCAAUUAGAUCAAUGAGAAAUUCUACAAAAUCUUUCCAACGAGCACAAGCUUCACUGCAGCGAAUGAGAUUUAGAAGGAAAAGUAAAACCAAGCAUUUCCUUAACAGCAAUAAAAGCUCCAUCUAUAGGGAUUUAAACUUUUUGACCAAUAGUACUCCCAAUUUGCUGUCUGUAGUAAGCGACGAUAAUCUAUAUGACGAUUCUUCUCCUUUACAAGACAAGGCAUCUUUAUCCGCUGCGGGCAGGCUUACUGACAGGAAAUUCAGCAAUGGUAGUUGUAGCAACAAUAACAGCAAUAGCAGUAGCAAUACCAAUACCGAUCCUUGGAAAAGAAUCACUAGUAUAUCGGGGUUCAAGUUGAAGAAGGAGAAAAAAAGAGAGCUAAAUGAGGUUUCUCUAUUACAUAUGCGUGCCCUAUUAAACCAACUACUGAAUGAUCAAGAGAUUGCAAAUCCUCAAGAAUGGGUAACUUUGCUAGAUGGCGCCUUGCGUAAGGUUCUAAGAACCAUCCUGAACGCAAGGGAUUUGAAUACAUUAGAUUUUAGACAAACGUAUGUGAAAAUAAAAAGAAUUAGUGGUGGUUCUCCUCAAAGUUCCGGGUAUAUUGAUGGAGUAGUUUUUUCUAAGGCACUGCCUUCAAAAACCAUGCCACGUCAUUUGAAAAACCCAAGAAUUUUAUUAAUCAUGUUUCCAGUGGAGUAUCAAAAGAACAAUAACCAUUUCCUAAGCAUAGAAUCUGUCUUUAGGCAAGAGCGUGAGUAUUUAGAUAAACUUGUUUCAAGAUUGAAGUCGUUGCAUCCGGAUAUUAUUUACGUUGGUGCCAACGUUAGUGGGUACGCGUUAGAACUACUAAAUGAUUCGGGGAUCGUGGUGCAAUUUAAUAUGAAACCACAAGUAAUUGAAAGAAUAGCCAAAUUAACUGAGGCAGAUAUCGCCAUUUCUGUGGACAAAUUGGCCACCAAUAUUAAGAUGGGCGAAUGUGAAACUUUUGAAGUUAAAAGUUUUAUCUAUGGGAAUAUUAGCAAGACAUACACAUUUCUUCGUGGCUGUAAUCCAGAACUGGGUGGCACGAUCCUGUUACGAGGCGAUAAUCUUGAAAACCUGAGAAAAAUCAAACAAGUCUCUGAAUUCAUGGUGUAUGCAAUUUUUUCACUGAAGUUGGAGAGUUCGUUCUUUAACGAUAAUUUUAUUCAACUUUCCACGGAUGUUUAUUUAAAAAGAACAGAAUCCAAAAGACUGCAAGUUUUCAAAGGCUACUUUGCAGAUUUCUUGAUCAAGUUCAAUAAUAGGAUUUUGACGGUAUCGCCCACGGUUGAUUUCCCUAUCCCCUUCUUAUUGGCGAGAGCCAGAGGUUUAGAAGAGAAACUCAUAGAAAGGAUCAACCAAUAUGAAAGUGAGUCUGAUUUAGAUCCGCAAACCCAACUAGACAUGCUUCAAGGUUUGGAAUCGACCAUCACGAAGAAGCAUUUAGGGAACUUAAUAAAAUUUCUGCAUGAAACGGAAAUUGAAAAUUUAGAACUUGAAUUUCAAAAGAGAAGUCGUCAAUGGGAAGUUUCAUAUUCUUCAUCACAGAACUUACUCGGUACGGGGUCACACCAGUCAAUAACGGUUCUCUAUUCAAUGGUCUCAACGAAGACUGCUACACCUUGCGUUGGCCCUCAAAUUGUUACCAUUGACUAUUUUUGGGACAGCGAUAUUUCAAUUGGUCAGUUUAUCGAGAAUGUUGUUGGUACCGCGCGAUAUCCCUGUCAACAGGGUUGUAAUGGUCUAUAUUUGGAUCAUUAUAGAAGUUAUGUUCACGGGUCAGGAAAAGUGGACGUAUUAAUUGAAAAGUUUCAAACGAGAUUGCCAAAAUUAAAAGAUAUUAUCCUGACGUGGAGUUAUUGUAAGAAAUGUGGAACAUCUACCCCUAUUUUACAGAUUAGUGAAAAGACCUGGAAUUAUUCUUUUGGUAAGUAUUUAGAGGUUAUGUUUUGGAGCUACAAAGAUACUGUUACAGGAAUUGGAAAAUGUCCUCAUGAUUUCACUAAAGAUCAUGUUAAAUAUUUUGGCUACAAUGACUUGGUGGUUCGUCUGGAAUAUUCUGAUUUGGAAGUUCACGAGUUGAUAACACCACCUCGCAAAAUAAAAUGGAAACCACACAUUGAUAUUAAAUUAAAAGUUGAAUUGUAUUAUAAGAUUCUGGAAAAGAUUAAUAACUUCUAUGGAAGUGUUUUAAGCCGUUUGGAACGUAUUAAAUUGGACAGUAUGAGUAAAGAUAAAGUGAUCAGCGGACAAGCUAAAAUAAUUGAACUUAAGAAUAAUGCUGUAGAGGAACAAAAACUAAUGUUACAGGACUUGGAUAGUUUCUAUGCGGAUAGUCCUUGUGACCAACAUUUACCGUUGAAUUUGGUUAUCAAAUCUUUAUACGACAAAGCUGUAAAUUGGAACACUACAUUUGCAAUAUUUGCAAAAAGUUAUCUUCCCUCUGAAACAGAUAUUAGCCGUAUCACAGCCAAACAGUUGAAGAAACUGUUUUACGAUUCUUCAAGGAAGGACAGUGAGGAUAAAAAAUCUCUGCAUGGUGAGAAAUUAAAGAUGAGAACCCCUGAAAAGAAUGAACUACUUUCAGAAGAGUUGAAAGAUUUCGGAAAGUCAACGAGCAAGAACGAAAGAGAAAAUCCUGAUAUAAAGAAUGAGCCACAUAAUGACGUGUCAAUAAUUACUUCUAAAGACGACAAUCCAACUCUUCCAACAAGUGAUACUAGUCACCUUACUGUCACGCCUUCCGCAUGUUCGGUUUCUUCUUCUUUGACUCCUCAUGCUGACGACCGUCCUUUGAUGAGCAGAAGUGGAACGGGUGUAUCUAUGGCCCAUGAUAAAGCCAGACCUAACAUAAGAAAAAUGAGUAGUGAAAGUAGUUUAGGAGGAUUGGCAUCACUUGCUAAUGAAUAUAGUAAGAAUAAUAAAGUUGGUAAACUAGCCUCAUUUUUUGAUCAAAUGCAUUUUGAUGCCCUAUCGAAGGAAUUUGAACUAGAACGUGAAAGGGAAAGAUUACAACUUAAUAAGGAUAAAUAUCAAGCUAUAAGAUUACAAACAUCGACGCCCAUUGUUGAAAUUUAUAAGAAUGUCAAAGAUGCAGUUGAUGAACCGCUCCACUCUAGAAGCUCAGGCAAUAAUUUAUCAGCUGUAAAUGUUAGAACUUUCGAGGCUCCCAUGGGAGAGCACUCCCGAAGUGGCAAUGGUAAUCCUCCCAAUUUGGAUCAAAACUUGGAAACUGAAUUAGAAAAUUCCAUUAGCAAAUGGGGAGAGAAUAUUCUAAACCCCUCUGCGAAGACCACUGCUGUUACGCAUAUGAAUACUAAGUCAUCAAUAAAAGAAACUUUAGAUAAUUCAAAAUCAAUAGUUAGAGACACAUCAGAUAAUUCGAAGUCGGAGCCCCUUCCACCUGUAAUAACAACAACCACUGUCAACAAGGUAGAAUCUACUCCCCAACCAGAAAAAUCAUUAUUAAUGAAAACUUUGAGCAAUUUCUGGGCAGAUAGAUCUGCAUAUUUAUGGAAACCUCUUGUUUAUCCGACCUGUCCCACAGAACACAUCUUUACUGAUAGUGACGUCAUAAUCCGCGAAGAUGAACCAAGUUCUUUGAUCGCAUUUUGCCUGAGUACUUCUGAUUAUAGAAAUAAAAUGAUGAAUUUAAAUGCUCAACAGCAUCAGCAACAGACAACAGAAGUUGUCCCGCCUAAGACAGGGGAAAUUAGUGGAGAAACCAUUCAAACCCUGGAUCCUUCUGUUACUAUUUCGCCUUCAGUUUCUACAACCUCCCACAAUUUAGGGAGGGACUCAGAGAUUUCAUCAGUAGUAACCACCAAGGAUGGUUUGAUGAAUGCUCCUCCCAUUGAAAGCACCCGUGAUAGGACUCCACAAGACUCACAAACGCAUUCGCAACCCAAUUUAGAUACUUUACAAGAAUUUGAAAAAAUCAUGACUAAAAAAACCGCUACGCAUUUGAGGUAUCAAUUUGAAGAAGGUUUAACGGUUAUGUCAUGUAAGAUUUUCUUUACAGAACAUUUUGAUGUCUUCAGAAGGAUUUGCGAUUGUCAAGAUAACUUUAUUCAAAGUUUGUCAAGAUGUGUCAAAUGGGAUUCCAAUGGGGGUAAAAGUGGGAGCGGAUUUUUAAAAACUUUAGAUGAUAGAUUUAUCAUAAAAGAGCUUUCACACGCUGAAUUGGAAGCAUUCAUAAAAUUUGCACCGAGUUAUUUUGAGUACAUGGCACAAGCCAUGUUCCAUGAUUUACCCACAACUUUAGCUAAAGUGUUUGGAUUUUAUCAAAUUCAAGUGAAAAGCUCUAUAUCAAGCUCUAAAAGCUAUAAAAUGGAUGUCAUCAUCAUGGAGAAUUUAUUUUACGAAAAAAAAACGACAAGAAUAUUCGACUUAAAGGGUUCUAUGAGAAAUAGACAUGUUGAGCAAACGGGUAAAGCUAAUGAAGUUCUAUUGGAUGAAAAUAUGGUAGAGUAUAUUUAUGAAUCACCUAUCCAUGUCCGCGAAUAUGACAAAAAACUUCUAAGAGCUUCUGUUUGGAACGAUACGUUGUUUCUGGCCAAAAUGAACGUCAUGGAUUAUUCUUUAGUCAUUGGUAUCGACAAUGAAGGAUAUACUUUGACAGUAGGGAUCAUUGAUUUCAUUAGAACGUUUACGUGGGACAAAAAAUUAGAAAGUUGGGUCAAAGAGAAGGGUUUAGUGGGGGGAGCAAGUGUGAUCAAACAGCCCACCGUUGUUACGCCAAGACAAUAUAAGAAACGUUUUAGGGAAGCGAUGGAAAGGUACAUUUUGAUGGUUCCUGAUCCAUGGUACAGGGAAGGUAACUAG